UCUGCGCAAGAAAUUACAAAGCAUCGGAAUCGUCACUCAUGCUGGAUCGUGAUUGAAGGUCAUACAUACGAUGUGACAGACUUCCUUGACAAGCAUCCAGGCGGCCCAGACACCAUUCUUCGGUAUGCUGGAAAGGCUCGUGUCGAUUUUUUU